GGAAAUGGUCCGGGCCUAGCGGAGCGGCGAACGGAGCAACAUGAACCGUGAAGACCGGAAUGUGCUGCGUAUGAAAGAAAGGGAAAGGCGAAAUCAAGAAAUUCAACAGGGUGAAGAAGCCUUUCCACCAAACUCUCCUCUCUUUGCUGAACCCUACAAAGUUACCAGCAAAGAAGACAAACUGUCUAGUCGCAUUCAGAGCAUGCUUGGUAAUUAUGAUGAAAUGAAGGAUCUUAUAGGAGACAGAUCGCUACAAAAGCUCGUUGGAAUUCCCAAACCGACCGUACCGUCGACGCCAGAUGAAAAAUCAAACCAAAGUUUCUUUGGUGACCAGAGACAUAACGCUGGCUCCCACCAGAGCAGCAAAUGGACUCCUGUAGGACCUGCACCCAGCACUUCCUCCCAAUCUCAGAAACGGUCCUCGGGUUUGCAGAGCGGACACAGCAGCCAGCGUGGCAGUGGCAAUAACACUAGCGGCGGCGGCCAGAGGCACGACCGUGACUCCUACAGUAGCAGCAGCGGCCGCAAAAAAAGCCAGCAUGGGUCUGAACACUCCAAACCCCGUUCUUCCAGCCCUGGAAAACCAUCUGCUGUUUCUUCAUUGAGCUCCAGCCAUUCGAGGUCUCAUGGAAACGAUCAUCACAGCAAAGAACAUCAACGUUCCAAAUCCCCCCGGGAUCCUGAUGCCAACUGGGACUCUCCCUCCCGUGUUCCCUCCUUUUCAAGCGGACAACACUCUAACCAGUCCUUCCCACCCUCACUAAUGUCCAAGUCCAGUUCAAUGUUGCAGAAACCCACCGCCUACGUCAGGCCGAUGGACGGGCAGGAAUCCAUGGAACCAAAGUUACCCUCCGAACACUACAGCGGGCAGACUCACAGCGGUGGCGUGAACGAGCUGAAGCCCAGCAGCAAAGCACAUCUCACCAAGCUGAAAAUCCCCUCCCAACCGCUAGAUGCAUCAGCGUCUGGUGAUGUGAGCUGCGUGGAUGAAAUUCUGAAAGAGAUGACGCACUCUUGGCCUCCUCCGCUGACUGCUAUCCACACGCCAUGCAAAACAGAACCCUCCAAAUUCCCUUUCCCAACAAAGGAGUCUCAGCAGUCCAGCUUUGGCACUGGGGAACAGAAACGAUACAAUCCUUCAUCAAAAACAUCCAACGGUCAUCAAUCCAAAUCAUGUGAAUCGAACCAGACAGAUAUGUUGAAAGAUGACUUAAAACUUAGCAGUAGUGAAGACAGCGAUGGAGAGCAGGACUGCGAUAAGACCGUGCCAAGGAGCACACCUGGAAGUAAUUCUGAACCUUCGCAGCAUAACAGUGAAGGAGCAGACAACUCGAGGGAUGACUCGAGCAGCCACAGCGGGUCCGAAAGCAGUUCAGGGUCUGACUCUGAAAGUGAAAGCAGUUCCAGCGACAGCGAAGCUAACGAACCAUCACAGAGCGCAUCCCCCGAGCCAGAGCCACCACCAACAAACAAGUGGCAGCUGGAUAACUGGUUGAACAAAGUUAAUUCCCAUAAAGUGUCACCAGCUUCUUCCGUGGACAGCAAUAUCCCAUCCUCCCAAGGCUACAAGAAGGAGGGCCGGGAGCAGGGGCCGGGCAGUGGAUACGCUGAUCAGAGCGGAUCCAAGGACUCCAUUUCUUCGACGCCGGGGCGAGAUUCCAAACCCACCCAAAAGGGCUCGGAGAGCAGUCGCGGGAGGCAGAAAUCACCUGCCCAGAGCGACAGCUCGACACAGAGGAGGACUGUAGGUAAAAAGCAGCCCAAGAAAGCGGAAAAGACAUCUGUUGAAGAGCCUAGAGGAGGUCUUAAAAUUGAAAGCGAAACCCCAGUAGACAUGGCAACAAAUAUACCUUCCAACAGGCAUAAGGCAGCCACCAAAGGCUCCAGGAAACCCAAUAUAAAGAAAGAGCCCAAAUCUUCCCCUCGGCCUACAACGGAGAAAAAGAAAUAUAAGGCUUCAAGUAAAUCUGCCCAGAAAUCCAGGGAAUUCAUAGAAACAGAUACCUCAUCCUCUGAUUCAGAUGAAAACGAGAGCCUGCCUCCUUCAUCGCAAACACCCAAAUACUCUGAGAGCAAUAGGACUCCUGUUAAAUCUUCCAUGGAGGAGGAUGACAGCUUUUUUCGGCAAAGAAUGUUCUCUCCUAUGGAAGAGAAAGAGCUUCUUUCACCACUCAGUGACCCUGAUGAAAGGUACCCACUUAUUGUGAAGAUUGACCUGAGCCUCUUAUCACGAAUACCAGGGAAGCCUUACAAGGAUGCCGACGCACCCAAAGCGGAAAAGAAAAAUGUGCCGGAGAAGCACACGAGAGAAUCCCAGAAGCAGCCAUCUGACAAAAGUUCUACAAAAGGCAAAAGGAAACACAAGCAGAAUGAGGAUGAAAACAGAGCCAGUGAAAGCAAGAAAACGAAACUGGAAGAAAAAGCUCCAUCAGGACACAAGACUUCUAGCAGUAGGGAGUCUUCAAAGCCAAGUGCUGUUAAGGAGAAGGAUUUGCUGCCGUCUCCUGCCGCCCCGGUCCUGCAGAAAGAUUCCAAGCAGGAGCACGGGUCGCGGAAGAGGACGGUCAGUCAGUCCUCAUCCCUCAAGUCCAGCAGCAACCUCAGCAAGGAGAGCGGCAGCAAAAGCAGCUCCUCUUCUAAACAGAAGAAGACCGAGGGGAAGGGCUCUGGCAGCACUAAAGAAUCCAAGGAAAAGAUUCUGAACAAUGCAUCAAACUGCCCUCCUGCGUCUGCUCCCUCUACGGAAAGUUCAAAGUCAAGAAGAGCAAAACUUGUUUUUGAUGACAGGACUUACUCAGCUGAUCAUUAUUUACAAGAAGCAAAGAAGUUAAAACACAACGCGGACGCAUUGUCUGACAGGUUUGAGAAGGCCGUGUACUACCUGGAUGCUGUGGUGUCCUUCAUCGAGUGCGGGAAUGCAUUGGAGAAAAACGCUCAGGAAUCCAAGUCCCCGUUCCCUAUGUAUUCAGAAACUGUGGAAUUAAUCAAAUACACUAUGAAACUGAAGAAUUACUUGGCACCAGACGCCACGGCUGCAGAUAAGAGGCUGGCAGUGCUUUGUCUUCGGUGUCAAUCUCUACUAUACCUAAGGCUUUUCAAACUGAAAAAGGAAAGUGCAUUGAAAUAUUCUAAAACUCUGACUGAGCAUCUGAAGAAUUCCUAUAAUAAUUCUCAAGCACCGUCACCUGGUAUGGGAAGCAAGCCUGUCGGGAUGCCGUCUCCAGUCUCUCCAAAGCUGUCUCCAGGGAAUUCAGGAAAUUACUCUUCCGGGGCAGCCAACCCUUCAGGGAGCGGGUCUUCGGUGACGAUCCCCCAGAGGAUCCAUCAGAUGGCAGCCAGCUACGUCCAAGUUACGUCCAACUUCCUCUACGCCACUGAAAUUUGGGACCAAGCAGAACAGCUGUCGAAGGAACAGAAAGAGUUCUUUGCUGAACUGGAUAAAGUUAUGGGCCCCCUGAUUUUUAAUUCGAGCAUCAUGACAGACCUGGUGCGUUACACCCGGCAGGGGUUGCACUGGCUGCGCCUGGACGCCAAGUGAGAUUCUGAACUGAAGGAAUGGAAAAAAAAAAAAAAAACAAACCCAAACACGUUUUUCUCGCUGCCUCUGAUUUCUCUCCACAACACUGUGUCAUGUCGAUAAGGAAGACUGCCAUAACACAUUGCUUAGGUGACACUAAGAGCAAGGAUUGCUUCCCCACGUCUCCCAUCCUCAUUUGUGUUUUGUGUUUUAACCCCGAAUCAUCUGGUUAAUGGACUUCUUCAGUAUUCCCGUUUUAAGUUAUUUAAAUAUAUUAAAAUUUGCUACAUAUAAAGGUGUAGUUUUGCUGAUCUAUCCUGGAUAGAUCAUUGGAAUUCCAGUCAUGAUGCAUAAAUAGUCAGUUGAAAUCCUAUUUAUUUUAAUUUUUUUUUUUAUUUUAAUUUUGAAAAGCCCGGUUUGGGGCAGUUUUUAGCUAUUUCUUCCCUAAAUUUACCCUUUCGAGUACUUAGCAGAAAUUAAACAUAGACACUUUAUUUAAGUACUUUGUGAGCUUUGUUACUCUGUAAUGUCUUGUGGUGGUAGAGCCUGUAAAAGGAACUAGGGUUGGUAGGUUCUAACGUGUAGGGACACCAUACUUUUCAUGCCUAAUGCCUACGAGUCGACUAAUAAAUGACAACUACAGAUUUAUUAUUGCAGAAUUUGUACUAAAUAGAAAAAUUCCAGAUAUUCUUCUACGUAUUAAGAUACUUCAUUUAAAUGAAUUAUAAAGAAAUUUUUAUGGAAAAGUAUUUAGCUGGAUCUGACUUGGAUUGUUUUCAAGGCAGUUUCAAACCGUGGAUUAACACUAUAACAAUCACAAAACAUUACAGUAAUUAGCAUUUGAUGUACUAUGGCAGUAGUGGUGUGAGGCCGACCUCCAGUCCGGCGGGUGCGAUGCGUUACAGGAGAGGUUUCUGAAAUGGACAAUCUUGUGCUUUUUUUUUCUUUUUCCUUUUUUUUGCAUCUCUUCAUUUAAAACCCGUUUUGGUUCCUUACUUGGUCAUUUUUUUAUUUUUUUUUUUUCACAAUAUCAGUGAGUUUUGUGGUUAAAAACCCAACAGUGGUUAAAUUCCUACCAGAAACCAUCAUUUGCAUCUUUUUUCCAUUGACUGAGAAACCAGGAAUCUGAAGUGGAAGCGGAGGUCUGUGUUUGCCUUCUGGGCUCUGGUGGGUGAGGGACCCGCGGGGUGUGAGGGGGUGGGAGCACCCAACUAGUGCAGGGAGAGCGACUGGUUUUGAGGCAGAAUGGGUUUAAAACUCGUGUUUAACCCCGCGUUGGUGAAGGGCCUGGUAGUGUUUGACAGAGCAUCAUCCUCACUCGCGAGGGAGCGACCGGGUGCGGCGGCGGCGGCUCCCGGAGGCGCAGUUUGGCCGCUCUCCCGGCCUGUAAAACCAAAGUACCUUUCCACGUGAGGUGCUUGUCUGAGCAAAAGGUUUAAAAACGCUACUGCUUUCGGUAUUGCUUAGUGCCCCGAACAUGUCUGGUGUGCCUUAUGCCUUACUUUUAGAUGAAGAUUUUAUGAACUGUUUACAAGAUGUUUUACAGCAGGACCAGGGAUACUGUAUGCAGUGGUCUUCUGCAGUACUGGGGUAAAAUUCCAUUUCCUUUUCCAAAGCCCUAGCGUCUGUCACACGCGCCCACCUGCUCCUCGUGGUGGUCUCCUUCCCGAGAGUCAAACUCUGAAUCCUCUGGAGUUGAGAUUUGUGGAAUGCUGCUUUUUGUUUUCUCUCCCAUUUAACCCUUUUUUUCUCUACCAGAUAUGAACGUGCAUGUUCAGGAAAAUUAUUGCACUAAAUUUUUUUUUAAUUUUUUUUUUUUGUGUAGUAGUAGUUAAGUGCCAAAAUCACGGCAACCUCGAGAGAAGGAAUAGAAUUCUACGCUACUUAGUACUGCAGUAUGUCCUAUGGGCUUUAAGAGUUUAGAAGUUUUGCAAAUUAGUAACCUACUAAAAGGUAGCUGCAUAUUCGUAGAGCUUCCUUUGCGUUCCAGCGUGUUUUUGUACUUCCAGAAAAGCUUUGCUACGUACGGAUCCACACAUGGUGAACAGACCUGGGACUUUUUUCCGCGACAGCUGAAUUGACCUGUCGGGUCUGUUGGAGCAUCCUUUUUAUUGAAUCACUGUGCGAGGUCACGUUUCUGUUCGUGUUUGCUGUUGGAGACAGAACUCUGUACCCUCAAACCCCGCAUCUCGGUUAAUGGGACACUGUCAACUAUUUUUCCUUUAAUACUCUAAAGUGCCUAGCACACUUUUGACGCUAUAUAAAAAAAAAACAACAAAACCUUCUUAGAAGUUGCAUUCCUAGUUUAUUUUUUGUGUAGCGCUGCACUAGCCAGCAUGGCUGAGUCUUGGCUUGCUCCUUUGUGCACAGGUACCAUUGCUCUUGGCAGGAAUGGUCUCAUCUCUGGGAAUUAUUUUAUUUUUUUUCCUUAACUAGAGUCCCACAAAUACCUUUUGGUGUCACGCGAAAUUGGUCUCUUCAAAAUGUAUCACUUAAUCCCCAGAUCAGCGGAUCUUAAAAAAAAAAAAUUGUCUUCGGUGCCCAGAAGACUUUUUACAUCGUGUCAAAAUGUGGACCUGAGCCUGUUGAAAGUGUCCCACCCGCACAGUGUUCUUGUGGUAAAAUCCCCUCCGGAGUGCUGUCCCGGGUCGUCCGUCUGUCCGGGAGAUACGCAGUUAAUUGUUAAUUGAAAAGAAAUGCCUUAUGCAUCUGUGGCUAUUUCAAACCGAGAAAUCUAAAUUUCGCAUUUCCAAAAGCAUAUCUUAAUUUGGGAUUUACCAUGGUUCCCGACAGAAGAGUUAGGUACUUUGUCAGAUUUCAUGGCUAAAUUAACGCCAGUACGUCACAGGCUUCCAGCCCUCCCUCAGAGUGGGGGGGGAACGACCCAAACCCCCCCCUGGUUCCCCGCCAGUGACGGGGGGAUCCCCAGCUCCCGCCUUCCCAAAGGAUUCCCUGCAGGAUCCUGCCUUCGAUACAUAUCGAGGCCGUAAUUCGAAUUCCCUCGCCGAACAACGCGGUCCCAGUUGGUGAAUCUUAAAAAUGGCUUAAUCAGACUAGGCUUGCUCAGAGAUCAAAACUAUUUGAAUUUGCUGACAAACGUGCAGGUUCCGAGGUGAUGAGGUGCAACCGUUUUAUAAUUAUAUACAAAUCUUCAGGACACCAGAGUCAAACAGCCCGAGGCUCUUAUUUUGAUUAGAAACUAUUAGCCAUAAAGCAGAGCAUAUGGAUGGCUCUUCUUGGCUUUUGAUGGCAGUAUGCAAUUUGUAUUGUAUGUGUCUUUUAAUAUAUAUGUAUAUAUAUAUGAACUCAGUCUGUCCAAAGUAUAUGUUAUACUUGUUUUUAGAUUAUGGUGCAACUGACUAUAUUGAUAUAUUAUUUAUUGAGUGCUGAAUCGCCAUCUUAUUGGCGAUAAAUCUUGCAUAUUAUACAGGAGUGCAAUGUAUAUUCCUUUAGAUUACUGAGGCUUGAUUGCUGUGAUAACGAAAAAAUGCCCUAAAAUGUAUUUAUGAAUGGCCCCAACAUACAGAGAGUCAGGACUUUAUGCAGAAAAAAAAAAA